AUGGGUCCGUUUCCAGUAGUGGAGCGAGUUGGGCCAUUGGCUUACAGGCUGGAGUUGCCUGAGAUUAUGAAAGCCUUUCACAAGGUUUUUCAUGUGUCGAUGCUGAGGAAGUGUCUUCACCCUACAGAGGAGUUAGUGGCUAGGAUUCCAGAGGAUCUUCAGCCAGAUUUGACAGUGCCGGCAGUGCCUGUGAGGAUUUUAGAGAGGAGGGAAAAGGUUCUGAGGAACAAGAGGAUUCCCUUACUGAGGAUUUUGUGGGAUUGCAGUGGUUCUACAGAGGAGACUUGGGAGCCAGAGGCAAAGAUGAAGUUGAAGUUCAGGAAGUGGUUCGACAAGCAGGUCGAGGAGAUUGCGAUCCUGAAUAACUCAUCAUGUUUUUGGAGACUUCGUUCUCUGGCAGACUCUCUGGGUGCAAGUAGGCCUCAGUUGAGUGUAGCUUAUCUGGGUGCAAGUAGGCCUCAGUAUAAGCAGUUUAGUUCAUCUGGGUGCAAGUGGGCCUCAGUAUGGACGUUUUCGGGUUCGUCUGGGUGCAAGUGGGCCUCAGUGCGGACCGGUGUGGACUUGUCUGGGUGCAAGUGGGCCUCAGUACAAGUUGGUUUGGUGUGUUUGGAUGAUGAGUUAGGAGUGAAAAUUUUCUUGGAACGUGUUUAUGACAUAAGAUUGACGUUUGUCUCGGGGAUCAGUGAGGAUCUCCGGUGUUGCGGCCUUGCGAGGUUGGGUUUUGUGGUCUUUGUGACGUUUGUUGGGAUUCGAGGACGAAUCCAAGACUGUUCAUCGGACUGUUUUACUGUUCACGGGUUACUGUUCAUCGGUACUGUUCACGGGUUACUGUUCAUCGGUACUGUUCACGGGUUACUGUUCAUCCGCGAUUCGGCACUGUUCAUCGUCUUCCUUUUUCCUUCAGUUUCAAUCAUUGUCAAGGUGAGUGCAUGA